CAGGGAAAUGCUGAACAUGAUGCCAUCCCUUUCAUCAUUAUGGGUAAAAGAGUCCUUGAAUGUCAUCAGGGAUAUGACCGAGACAAAAGGAACAACGAAAAGAAAAAAAUGAAAUCAAGAGAAGAUACUGAACAGUCCAUGAAAUUGGUUCAUAUUUUGUGUGAAUGGCCAAGGAUGGAUCUUCCCAUAACCAAGGGAUCAGGAAAUAUACUAGGCUACAAUAAAGCAUCUCUGUUUGAAAACAAUGUCAAAACAAAGCUGAAGGAAAUGUUGGAAUUAGAAGAGGGUGAUAAGAGGUGUUAUGAACCACAUUGGAGACAUCUACGUUGGAUUGACAGGAAUGACUUGACAGACCAUAAUGUGAUGAAUAACUGUUUGAAAGGAAUGAAAGAAAGAGAUAAACUUUUUCAUAAAAAGGGAUGGGCUGAAAUAAGUGCUCUUGUUUUAGAAGAAUUCGGCUUGUUUAAACCCAAAACAAUCAUUGGUAUCUUUAGUCCUCCAGGGUUUUACCUUAGUUUAAAAAACUGCACAAAUGGAAAACUAAAAGCAACGCUGGAAGAUGGGCCAGGACAGAGAUUGAAUGAGGGAGUUGCAUACUUUAGGGAUGUAUUGCUUGUAGAAGCAAGAAUUCUCAUUGCCUCCACUGUAAAAAACAUUACUUAUAGCGAAGCUGAAAAACUUCUCUAUCCAUUGAAAUAACAAUUAAAAACAGCAUUGAUAAAGAGUAAAGAUAUAUAUAUAUAUAUAUAUAUAUAUAUAUAUAUAUAUAUAUAUAUAUAUAUAUAUAUAUAUAUAUAUAUAUAUAUAUAUAUCAGGAUAUGAUGAAAUAUCACUGUUGUUCAAAUAGACAGUCAGGGCAAAUUCAUGAUGUACUUUGCUACUGUAGAUGAGUAAAGUCCCUAACUCUUAUAAUCAUGAUUUCAUUCAUAUCACAUCCACACCAAUUCCAAAGUGUUGUAUCAAUAAUUCUUACUUGAACCAUUCUUUAGUAAAUGUUGGAAGAAAUUGAUGAAAAUUUCAUAUCAAUUGACUAGAGGAAAAUAUUAACUUGUUCUGUUUUUCUGACUUUAAGUGAAACAAAUUUUACAUUCAACAAUCAUUGGAUUUUUGUGUUAUUUUAAAAGGAACACUCGUGCAGCCACAUUUUUUUUUCAAUAAAGAACUUAAAUUUGUAUAAUUAUCAGAUGAUUAUAUAUCCAUAAUUUUAAAGUGAUUCAAAAUGGUGUACAUGUAAUACAUUCGCAUGGACUUAGAAUUGUAUGUGUAGCUAAUUUUGGAUGCAGAUCAUUAGUUGAACUGUAAUAUAUGUUAAAUAUUUAUGAAUUAACUCUGUUGGAAGUGAUCAUUCAUAGAUGAUGCAACUUAAUAUUGUUUAAAAUUUGUGCAAAGCUGAAUACAAAAAUACCUAAUCAUAAUUUUAAGUAUCAAAUCUCUAUUGUGUGAAAUAAAUUACUUUCCUACAAGUUUUA